AUGAACUGCAUCAGAAAAGACUCUUUUGAAAUAUCCAGAGUAUCCAGAAUAUCCCGCACUUUCCUUGUGCUUAGCCUGUUUAUUACAUGGGCUUGGGCUGGGAAAGCUGAUUCUUCGGGCGUAGAGAGCACGGAGUUAUACAAAAAAAUCAGAUCACUCGCAGAUAAAAUAGACGGGUUUAUAGACGAGCUCAUCCCGAAUAACCCAGAGAAAGCACCUAUCACCCGAGAUGAAUUUAUGAAAAAGUUGAGAGAGAACGAUCUACAGAUCAUCCACAAUACGAAUCUCAGCUGUGUUUUUGUAUACAGCGGACCUCUCCUAGACUACGCAAAAAUCCCCGGAAUGAAGGAGGCAGUCGACGAUAAAGUCCAGAGGAAGCUCAUCCUGAAAAAAGCUGCAAGCUUCCGGGAGGUAAACAUGCAGGAGGAGAAACUCUGCAAAAUGAUGGACCACCCAAACACAGUGCGAACAUUCUUCUCCUUCUCGAUAGUUCCGGAGGACUACGAAAAAACAGGAUUUUCCAUGGUCUGGCUUCUCCAGGAGUAUCUGGAGGUUUCUCUCCCCGUACUCCCGAAUAACCCGAUCUUGAAUAAACUCGUUGAGAUCGACAUCCGGACAAUUGCUCGGGAUGUUGCACGGGGAAUAGAGUACCUCCACAGCAAGAAGAUCGUACAUCUCGACAUAAAGGCGCAGAAUGUCGCAGGAUCUUACUCCAAGCGCGAGGGGAGAAUCGUAUAUAAGCUCAUAGACUUUGGCUUCUCCCGGGAAAUAGAACCCGGUCAAACUUCCGUCUUCCUGGAGGGAAUGAAUAUUGGAACUCCGCCUUUUGUCUCCCCGGAGAUUGCGUUGGAGUCGGUCCACGGGUACGCUGCUGAUAUCUGGUGCUUUGGGUUUAUGAUGAUCGUUUUGAGUAGAAUCGCCCUGCCAGAAGAUAAUGCGUGGAUCUGCCUGAUUAAUGAUCUCUCGAAUAACCCGAACCUUGGGAGGAAAGUGCCUAUGGCGAACGUAUUCGCCCAGUUCCUGCGCGGGAGUGUGGAGUUGGUCCUUCCCCUGAGAACUCCCGUUGAACUUGCGAGUUUCAUUCGGGGGUGCAUGCAGAGGGACGGAGAGAGACGGAUGACGAUUCAGGAGGUCCUGAAGCACCCGUAUCUCUCCAGGUACGUUAUCUCCGGAGAUCCAAACCCUGAAAACCACAGAAUGUACGCAGUAUAG